AUGGAACGAGGCACGAGCGAAGCGUACAUGCAGAGGACGCGGAGCUCCCUGGAUGGCGAUCGAUCAAGGUCAGGCCGCUCAGACAGUCCGGUAGCCGGCAAGAAUUUUCCUGGCCGACCGGGUGAUUGUAAACGACAGCGGAGCAAGAUGGCCGUAUAUCGGCUGUUCCGGGCACCACAGGGCCGACGCCAACCGGUGGCGGUCGACGAGGCGUGGCCGUUUGGUGGAUUAUCAAGUUUUAAGCCUCCUGUGUUUGGGCCAUCUGGGGCGGUUCCCGGUGUGACUGCCCCUGAUACCGAAGACUGGGACAUGGGUCAAGGCGAUGUAUACAUUCACAACGCACCAGUCCUCCCAAAUAACCCGAUCUUCAAGGGUUCUACGAAGGAAGAACAACGAGCGUUCAUGGUGUCGUACAACCAGUACAUCAGCCAGACGAAUGCCCUUACCGCGAACGGCGUCGACCAUUUCUGA